CUUCGUUUAAAGCCCCCUUCUGCCGUCGGUUAUUCUUCACUUUAUUCUUUAGCAUAAUCCUAUUACCGUAACUAAUUAUCACGCGCCAUGUCAGCGCCAGGCGGGGCCCCGAGCCCUGCUCCUCGAAGUGGAAGUAUCGGGCCUGGCGGAGGAGGGAUGUCAAUGCCUCCCCAGCAGUCGAUGCCAGCGACAACUCCAGGGCCAACUCCGGGCCCUCCAUCGGCUCCUCCAAGUGGAGCUAUGUCGCAGCAGAACUUGAAUCAGAUAGUAAGUUGAUAUUGAGUGAUUUAUGGUUCUGUCAAACAUCCCUUUUUCGCGUUGAAUUAUCGCUGUUGCGUUGUUCUGCAUUGUCUUUUUCGAGUUCUGCAUUUAAAUUUUUGCGCGCCGUAUAUUCGCCCCCUUUUCAUUGCCUCUCGUCUAGUAUGGGAUGAGCGGUCAUUGCUGGUACUUGAAAUGUCAAGCGAGCUCUUGUCAUGGAAGGAGGCAUGGAGAAGGCCCAGAGAAAAGGCUGGCCUCUCUGUCACAUGAUGAGUUUUGCUUCUUGCGUGUCUGGAGUAGUUGGGUGUGUAUCUUCAAAAAUGGAGAAGGAAAGGAAAAGAAAGAAUAAACUACUCAUACCCCGCGCGCUUUACUGUGAAUGUAUUGUGUUUUGAGUACUAGCACUUUCCUUCACCUGACCUCGCUCCUGCCGUCUGGGGUUUCCAUCUACGUCGAUUCUGGUUCCCCCACUUCAUCUCUUAACUUCUGUUGCGCGC